UGAUAAUCACUCGAGAUAAGGCCGUCUCAGUGACCCUGUGUGUUUAUAAAAAGGGGGGAGGCUGUGGAAAAAUAGAGUGAAGGUGACAGAGAGCGUGAAAGAUUGUCCUGUCCUACAGUUACCUAGCAAAGAUGACUUUCAACGGAGCUUGGAAAGUAGACCGCGGUGAAAACUACGACAAAUUCAUGGAACAAAUGGGCAUUAACAUCAUGAAGAGGAAACUGGCUGAGCAUGACAACCUGAAAAUCACCAUCACACAGACUGGGGACCAGUUCCACAUCAAGGAGUCCAGCACCUUCCGCACCAAAGAGAUCGACUUCACCCUGGGGGCUCAAUUUGAAUACGCUCUGGCGGACGGAACAGAAGUAACAGGUUCCUGGAACAUGGAGGGUGAGAUGCUGAAAGGGACCUUCACCAGGAAGGACAACAGCAAGGUCCUCACCACCACCAGAGCUCUGGUGAAUGGGGAACUGGUUCAGAGUUACAACUAUGAGGGGGUGGAUGCCAAGAGGAUUUUCAAGAAGGAGUAAAAAUGAAACCCAAAAAGAAGACAUCACCGCAGACAUCACCGCCAAACACACGAGUGACACGUCUCUACCCCAGGAGGAAUCACACACCUGAGGUUUAAAAGAUCAGAUUCAGAAUCUGCAUUUCUCCCCCUCCUACUCAAUGUACUGAACUAGCUGGUUUUAAGCAAUUACCUCUCUGGUUGAGGUACUAUUGAUUAGACGUUAGCUAGAUUACUCCUACGUCUAGUUGAGGCAGUAUUGAUUAGAAAGUAGUAAGAUGGUUGGCACAGAACAGUGCACAUGACCUCUGCCCUUUGAACUUGGACUUCAACAUGUCUGAUAGCCACUUCAUCCAGCAAGCAGGCGCCUAUGAGAGAGAGCUGGGCCAGAUUUAGUCCAGAAUCAACUGAUAUCUGGUAAGAUAUUUUGUAACUCUAAUGCUAUAUAUAAGUUGCCGAUAUGCUCAUUCUACAGUCUGUCUGGAUUUUAACAUCAUUAAAGCAGCAGUUUGUGAUUUAUAAAUAAAGUCAGUACAAAGAUUCUCUGGUCAAUGCUGUUGUUUCAGUGUAAAAACAGUAAAAGGACUUGUAAGAUAAAGAUAUAUCCCAAAACA